GAAGAGGCCCAGAGUAGGUGGUUUAUUGCUGGUUGGCUGCAGGAGCCUGCUGAAGCAGCUCUGUUCACGGACAUGUGAGACAGGAGUCAGGCAGAAGAGUAAGACAAACUAGACGCAGACUGGAUCCACACUACCAUUUUUUAAUGCAAUGAUGAAUUAUAAUAUGUAAUUAAACAUGGAAAAAUACAAAGGCCAGCCCACUUUGGGUAACGUGACGUCAGGUGUAAGACUAGUCUCGGCAAACCAAGACAUAAGGUUAGCCUAAUUAAUCCGUAAGAUCAAGCGUUUCUGGAGUCUGAAUGGUUCUUCUCUUGUUUCAAUUUGGUCAGCAAAAUAAUGCGGCUCCUGCAACAGUCUCAGAUCCCGAUCAAGUGUCCCCUGCAGUUCAAGACGCGGAGACUCAGGUGGAAAGUAUUGUUGACAAAAGAAAGAACAAGAAAGGGAAGACAGAGUAUCUGGUGCGAUGGAAAGGCUAUGACAGUGAGGAUGAUACGUGGGAGCCGGAGCAGCACCUGGUAAACUGUGAGGAAUACAUCCAUGACUUCAACCGGCGCCACAACGAGAGGCAAAAGGAAGGUACCCUGGCUCGUACCAGCAGAGCCUCCCCCAGCAACGCCCGGAAGCAGAUCUCCAGAUCCACCCACAGCGCCCUCUCCAAGACCAACCCCAAAGCACUUGUGGUAGGCAAAGAUCAUGAGUCCAAAACCAACCAGCUGUUGGCUACCAGCCAGAAGUUCAGGAAAAACACAGCUCCAUCUCUUGCAAACCGCAAGAACAUGGACCUCGCCAAGUCAGGGAUCAAAAUUCUCGUGCCUAAGAGCCCCAUUAAGGGCAGGACCUCGAUUGACGGCUUCCACGGGGAGAGCCCUGAGAAGCUGGAUCAGGGUGCCGAGGACACUGUAGCCCCAGAGGUGACUGCAGAGAAGCCCACUGGGGCUUUGCUGGGCCCUGGUGCAGAACGAGCCAGGAUGGGGAGCAGGCCCCGAAUACAUUCACUAGUGCCUCAGGUUUCUGGCCCCGUGACUGCUGCCAUGGCCACGACCUUAGCUGUUAAUGGAAAAGGUACAUCUCCAUUCAUGGAUGCGCUAACAGCCAACGGAACAGUCACCAUACAAACAUCUGUAACAGGAGUGACAGCCGGGAAAAGGAAAUUUAUUGACGACAGAAGAGACCAACCUUUUGACAAGCGGUUGCGUUUCAGUGUGAGGCAGACAGAGAGUGCCUACAGAUACAGAGAUAUUGUCGUCAGGAAGCAAGAUGGCUUCACCCACAUCUUGUUAUCCACCAAAUCAUCAGAGAAUAACUCACUAAACCCAGAGGUGAUGAAGGAAGUGCAGAGCGCCCUGAGCACAGCCGCGGCCGAUGACAGCAAGCUGGUGCUGCUCAGCGCUGUGGGCAGCGUCUUCUGUUGUGGUCUGGACUUUAUUUAUUUUAUACGACGCCUCACAGAUGACCGAAAGAGAGAAAGCACUAAAAUGGCAGACGCUAUCAGAAACUUCGUGAAUACUUUCAUUCAGUUUAAGAAGCCUAUUAUUGUAGCUGUUAAUGGCCCAGCCAUUGGACUAGGAGCAUCCAUAUUGCCUCUUUGUGAUGUGGUUUGGGCUAACGAAAAGGCUUGGUUUCAAACACCCUAUACCACCUUCGGACAGAGUCCAGAUGGCUGCUCUACCGUUAUGUUUCCCAAGAUUAUGGGAGGAGCAUCUGCAAAUGAGAUGCUGCUCAGUGGGAGGAAGUUGACAGCACAGGAGGCGUGUGGCAAGGGCCUGGUCUCCCAGGUGUUUUGGCCAGGAACCUUCACGCAGGAAGUCAUGGUUCGAAUCAAGGAGCUGGCCUCAUGUAACCCAAUUGUCCUGGAGGAAUCCAAAGCCCUGGUGCGCUGCAAUAUGAAGAUGGAGUUGGAGCAGGCCAAUGAGAGAGAGUGUGACGCACUGAAGAAGAUCUGGGGCUCGGCCCAGGGCAUGGACUCCAUGUUAAAGUACUUACAGAGGAAAAUCGAUGAGUUCUGAUUGGCAGGCUGAGCAGGACACCAGCGACUCCCACUUGCUACGGUCGUUCUUAACAGUAGCUUGUGUUUGGAGGCAGACCUGGGAACAUCCAAGCUAUUUAUUGCCGACGCGUUUUUAAGUACUGUAACUUUAAAAUAACUACAAGGCUUCUUUGUCUAAGCGUCUUUAUUUUAUACUCAUGUAUACACAAGUAUAAAAAUGUAAUUGAGCACUAGGCUGCUCCUGGAAGCUCUAAUUUUCUUGUAAGCUAGUUGUGGAUUUUUUUUGUUUUGUUUUGUUUUUUUUGUUUUUAAAAGGAAUUAUGUUUUCAUUUGGGGUGACAGAAGAGUUUGGAAUAAUGUUUGUUUUACUCUCUUUUUUUUUUUUUAAAUCUAGAUCACAGACCCUAAAGAAUACUAGCCAUCCUUGUCCCCUCCCUCUACUGAAACAUGUAGAAAUGUUUCAAACACGUUCCUGCCUCUAGGGGGAGGGGGAGGGGCAAGUACCUCAAUGCUGGAAACAGUUCUGAUCAAAACUAAGACCAACCUUGCAGGAAAAAGCAUCACUGAUGGAAAAUCCCACAGGGUUGUGGGUUUGUGCUGAGGCGCCCACCGACUCGAACUUUCUUACCGUUCUUACCCAACCACCAGGAAGAGCCUAGAGUGUCUACAGGAAAGCGGGUGGUCCAGUGUCUGUGAGUCACUCCACAGCUAAGUUAUGAAUUAGUGUUAGUGGGUUUAAAUGGUUUUUCUGGCCCUUUUGAAAAAUAACUACAUAAGUACUUCUUGUGGCUGGGUGAGACAUACUACUUUGCAUAGUUUUCUUUGUCUCUCUGCAGAUGUGACUGAUGUUAUUACACCAAAAGUAUUUUUUAUGUUUAUAAAGUGUAAUUUUUAGGCUCACUUAGAAUAUAUUUUAUUUAAUUUAAAAUUCUCUUGGCACACUAUUAAAUACAUAAACUCCUUUCAAAACAGAAAAGAACUACCUUAUAUUUGACAUUUAUUAUCCACGGUCUCUGCUUCUAUGUCUGCCCUAUACUGCGCACGGUUUCGUGUACACGAGUACCCCGUGGUAUGGGGACUAACUACAGAGGCCUGUUACUACUAAGGCUUCUAGGCUUGCAAUCAUUGAAUGUAUGAAGACUGAAAUAAAAUCAAAACCUUAUUUUUGUACAGUUUUGAAGUUUAUACUCAGAACUGACGCCUCCCCGGCCACGUGGAGCGCUGUGCAGUGUGUAAAUCUGUCUUUACCUUGGAUGGAUUGGUACAGUAUUUUUGCAUCUGUGGGACCUACUCUUUUGUUCAGUAGUUUGAACUAUAUAUAAACUGUACACUCUGUAAAGUUUUUAUAGAAUAAAUAUUCAGCUGUGAAAACUGGUUAAAUAAAACUAAUAUUUCUUAACACA